AUGGCUACCACUUUGGUGAGUUCCGCCGGUGGGAUGUUGGCGAUGCUCAACGAGCCCCAUCUUUCUCUCAAACUUCACGCGCUCUCCAACCUCAACAACUUGGUCGACACCUUUUGGCCAGAGAUCUCCACUAGUCUCCCGAAGAUAGAGAGUUUGCAUGAAGACGAGGAGUUUGAUCAACAUCAGAGGCAACUAGCUGCUCUUCUGGUGUCAAAGGUCUUUUAUUACUUGGGCGAACUUAAUGACUCGUUAUCUUAUGCCCUUGGAGCUGGUCCUCUGUUUGAUGUUUCAGAGGAUUCGGACUACGUUCACACUCUUCUUGCUAAAGCCAUAGAUGAAUAUGCUAGUCUUAAGUCUAAGGCGACAGAGUCAAGUGAUGAAUCUAUCAAAGUGGACCCAAGGUUGGAAGCCAUUGUGGAGAGACUGUUGGAUAAGUGUAUCGUGGAUGGAAAAUACCAGCAAGCUAUGGGAACUGCUAUUGAAUGCAGGAGGUUAGAUAAAUUAGAGGAGGCUAUUACAAGGAGUGACAAUGUUCAAGGAACUCUAUCAUAUUGCAUUUAUGUCUCUCAUUCCUUUGUGAACCUUAGGGAGUACAGACAGGAGGUUCUUCGUCUCCUUGUUAAAGUAUUUCAAAAGCUUCCUUCACCAGAUUAUCUGAGCAUUUGCCAAUGUCUUAUGUUCUUGGAUGAGCCAGAGGGUGUUGCAGUCAUAUUAGAGAAGCUUUUACGUUCUGAAAACAAAGAUGAUGCACUUUUGGCAUUUCAAAUUGCUUUUGAUUUGGUAGAGAAUGAGCACCAAGCUUUUCUUCUAAAUGUUAGAGAUCGCCUUGCACCACCUAAGACUCAGCCUUCAGAAGCUGCACAGUCAAAACCUAGUGAUGCAGAUUCUACUCAAAAUGCUAGUGCGAAUGGCCAGGAUGAUGUUCAAAUGACAGAUGGUGAUUCUGCUCCUACGGUUGAUGUGCCAGAGGAUCCAAUUGAAACCAUGUAUGCUGAGAGGUUAAACAAAAUAAAGGGAAUUUUGUCUGGGGAAACUUCAAUACAGUUGACUCUGCAGUUCCUGUACAGUCACAACAAAUCUGACCUGCUUAUUCUAAAGACAAUAAAGCAGUCUGUGGAGAUGAGGAAUAGCGUCUGUCACAGUGCUACAAUUUAUGCCAAUGCAAUUAUGCAUGCUGGAACAACUGUGGAUACUUUCCUCAGGGAAAAUUUGGACUGGUUGAGCAGAGCUACUAACUGGGCCAAAUUUAGUGCAACGGCUGGUCUUGGUGUCAUCCAUAGGGGCCAUUUGCAGCAGGGAAGGUCACUGAUGGCACCCUAUUUACCUCAGGGUGGAACUGGAGGAGGUGGUAGUCCAUACUCAGAAGGUGGUGCUCUCUAUGCCCUUGGUCUGAUUCAUGCUAACCAUGGAGAGGGCAUCAAACAAUUUCUUCGUGAUAGCCUGCGCAGUACCACUGUUGAGGUUAUUCAACAUGGUGCAUGUUUAGGUCUUGGAUUGGCAUCCCUAGGAACUGCUGAUGAGGAUAUUUAUGAAGAAAUAAAGAACGUUCUCUACACUGAUAGCGCUGUUGCUGGUGAGGCUGCUGGUAUCAGUAUGGGCUUACUCAUGGUUGGAACUGGUAGUGAUAAGGCAAAUGAGAUGCUCACUUAUGCACAUGAGACACAACAUGAAAAAAUUAUUAGGGGACUAGCUUUGGGAAUAGCUCUUACUGUAUAUGGAAGAGAAGAAGAAGCAGACACUUUGAUUGAGCAGAUGACUCGUGAUCAAGAUCCAAUAUUGCGUUAUGGUGGCAUGUAUGCAUUGGCAUUGGCUUACAGGGGAACGGCAAACAAUAAGGCAAUUCGCCAAUUACUGCAUUUUGCUGUGUCUGAUGUGAGUGAUGAUGUUAGGAGGACUGCAGUUCUAGCAUUAGGGUUUGUGUUGUACUCUGAUCCAGAGCAGACUCCACGAAUUGUUUCCCUUCUAUCAGAGUCUUACAAUCCACAUGUUCGAUAUGGGGCAGCUCUUGCUGUGGGUAUUUCCUGUGCCGGUACAGGUCUCAGUGAGGCUAUCUCCUUAUUGGAGCCUUUGACGUCGGAUGUUGUUGAUUUUGUUCGUCAAGGUGCCCUUAUAGCAAUGGCUAUGGUCAUGGUUCAGAUCAGUGAAGCUAGUGACUCACGUGUUGGAACAUUUAGGCGACAGUUGGAGAAAAUUAUCCUGGACAAGCAUGAGGAUACCAUGAGUAAGAUGGGAGCAAUUUUAGCCUCGGGAAUCCUUGAUGCUGGUGGCAGAAAUGUGACCAUAAGGCUACUUUCUAAAACAAAACAUGAUAAAAUUACUGCAGUGGUUGGUCUUGCAGUUUUCAGCCAAUUUUGGUAUUGGUACCCUCUUAUCUAUUUUGUAAGCUUGGCUUUUUCUCCCACAGCUUUUAUUGGUUUGAACUAUGAUCUGAAAUCUCCAAAGUUUGAGUUCUUAUCAAAUGCAAAGCCUUCACUUUUUGAAUAUCCUAAGCCUACUACUGUUCCCACCACUACUUCAACUGUGAAGCUUCCCACUGCUGUUCUGUCAACAUCCGCUAAGGCUAAAGCUAGGGCUAAGAAAGCUGAAGAGCAGAAGGCUAGUACUGAAAUUUCUUCUGCUCCUGACUCGACAUCAUCUGCACCGAGCGGAGGAAAGGGGAAGUCAUCUGGUGAAAAGGAUGGAGAUUCAAUGCAGGUUGAUAGCCCAACAACGGAGAAGAAAUCAGAACCCGAGUCAUCUUUUGAGAUUCUGACUAAUCCUGCAAGGGUGGUUCCUGCGCAGGAAAAGGUUAUUAAAUUUUUGCAGGAUAGCAGAUAUAUUCCAGUUAAGUUGGCACCUUCGGGAUUUGUGCUUCUCAAAGACUUGCGUCCUACUGAGCCAGAAGUACUUGCUCUUACUGAUUCACCCUCAUCCACCACUUCAGCUGCUGGUGGGUCAGCAACUGGAUUGCAGAGUUCUUCAUCAGCCAUGGCUGUGGAUGAGGAACCCCAACCUCCUCAACCAUUUGAAUACAGCUCAUGA